CAACCAUCCAUCAAGGUAAACUUGGUUGGAGUCAGGGUUGGAUUUUUUUUUCUCGGUAUGAGUUUCUUUCAACCAUCCAUCAAGAUAGACUUGGUUGGAGUUAGAGGUGGAUUUCAAUUUCUCAGCUCGAGUAUCUUUCAACCAUCCAUCAAGGUAAACCUGGUUAGAGUAAGGGUUGACUUUGGAUUUCUCAGUUUAAAUAUCCUUCAACCAUUCAUCAAGGUAAAUUUGGUUGUAGUCAGGGUUGACUUUGACUUUCUCGGCCCUGGUAUCUUUCAACCAUCCAUCUAGGUAAACUUGGUUGGAGUCAUGGUUGGAUUUGGCUUUCUCGACUCUGGUAUCUUUCAACCAUCCAUCAAGGUAAACUUGGUUGGAGUCAGGGUUGGAUUUUUCUUUCUCGGUAUGAGUGUCUUUCAACAAUCCAUCAAGAUAAACUUGGUUGGAUUUAGAGGUGGAUUUCGCUUUCUCAGUUCGAGUAUCUUUCAACCAUCCAUCAAGGUCAACCUAUUUAUAUUCAGGGUUGACUUUGGAUUUCUCAGUUCUGAUAUCCUUCAACCAUCCAUCAAGGUAAACUUAGUUGGAUUUAGGGUUGGAUUUGACUUUCUCGGCCCUGGUAUCUUUCAACCAUCCAUCUAGGUAAACUUGGCUGGACUCAUGGUUGGCUUUGGCUUUCUCGACUCUGGUAUCUUUUAACCAUCCAUCAAGGUAAACUUGGUUGGAAGUCAGGGUUGACUUUGGAUUUCUCAGUUCUGAUAUCCUUCAACCAUCCAUCAAGGUAAACUUGGUUGGAGUCAGGGUUGGCUUUGGCAUUCUCGGCCCUGGUAUCUUUCAACCAUCCAUCUAGGUAAACUUGGUUGGAGUCAUGGUUGGCUUUGGCUUUCUCGACUCUGGUAUCUUUCAACCAUCCAUCAAGGUAAACUUGGUUAGAGUUAGGGUUGACUUUUGUUUUCUCGCCUUUGGUAUCUUUCAACCAUCCAUCAAGGUAAACUUGAUUGGAGUUAGGGUUGGCUUUGGCAUUCUCGGCCCUGGUAUCUUUCAACCAUCCAUCUAGGUAAACUUGGUU